CUGGCGUUUACCUGCUGAGUUGUGAAAUGGGCAGGAUUUAUAAGAUGUGAUUCGAUAAAAAUAUUAUCCAGCUACCAAACACACAAACUGCACAAACCACUGGAUACAGCUGCAAAAUGCCAUGGAGAGUGAGACAGCCUGCCCCCUGCCAUCUAGGACCACCAUGAAGCCUACCCAUGAGCGCAAUCAGGAGUGCCUGCCACCCAAGAAGCGGGAUCUGCCAGUCAGCAGCAGCAGUAGUGGUGCAGGGGGUGGCGGAGGUGCAGGUGCAGGAGGAAGUGGAGGAGAUAAAGGGACCUCCAGCCAUGGCUCAGGCUCCACAGGUGGUGAAAUCCAGGGAGGAGGGAAUGCGUCUGGGGAGUGGAUGCGGAUUCAGCCUGGGCUGCAGUACAGUGUGGAAAAUACUGAUGGCGUUGGUUUACCAGUUGACCAGUAUAGCAUGCUCUAUAAAGUAGCCCUCCCCUCCAUCACCUAUUCACCUACCAGCCUUCACCCAGUGUUGAGCCACAUCUCUCCAGCUUACACUGUCCCCUCCCCACUCUUUCCCUACUCCCCUCUAGGAUAUGCCCAGAUCCCCCACUCCUCUCUGCAGUUUGUCAGUUCACCAUAUGCAGUCCCUUAUGCCGUCCCCCCAGGCUUUGUUCCCAGUUCACUGAUUCCUCCUCAGUCAGCAGUGCCACAGCCCCACCACGUCUCGCACCUGAUUCCCUAUCCAUCAGUCCUUCAGGAGGGCGUUGUCUCUUCUCCCUCUCAGCCUUCGACCUCAGCUCAUACCUUCACCAAAGUUGCCACAGCAGGCAGUGUCCCACUGGUCCUGUCCCCAGAACAGGCAGCACAGCAGCACGUGGGCAUUGUGGGAGGGCUGCCUGCCAGUGAGGUGAGCCCCAGGGGAGUGCCAGUGUUCUACCACCUGGGGUCCAGGGAGGCCCCUGCAGCAUUGUCAUACAGAGACUCUCAUAAUGCCCAGCAGGAGCAAGAUAAGGAGGUGAAUGGAGAGGAGGAACAACAGGGAGAGAGGGAGCUGCUGCAGGACUCUGACUACUCUUCUAGGGGCACACGGCCACCACAUGUGGUACCCAACUCCACCACGGGAGACCACCUGCAGGAUAGAUCCCCUGCAGCCCAAAGACAUGAGGAGAGGGGUUCGCCAGCACACCGCAGCACACCAGACACAGACCUGGAGGUUCAGCAAGUGGUUGGGCAUCUAACCUCUGUCCAGGGUCAGACUGGGAGUCACAAAGAGGCAUGUGUUGGCCCCCUGAACUUGUCUCAGAGUUCCCAGCGAAGUUGGGUGACCUCAUCAGCAGCUAGUGGGGAGGACGUGUCGGGACAUGACCAGACUGUGUACGAUGAUGCGCUCACUGCUGAGACUGCUGUCCCCAGAGCAACAUCCCAUCAGCAGCAGCAGCUAGGGCAGCCAGUGCACCAUGCUGUGAUAUUAGCUAAUGGGCAGCCAGUCCUCAUCCCCAUGGACUACAGUCAGCAACAGCAUUACACAGGCCAAUCCAAUGAUGUGGUCACUGCAGCAAUAGCCACGACAGUGACAUUGUCAACAGCUUCUGAUCCCCCAGCAAAAACGUGCCUCCCAGAAAGGGCUGCAGUGGACCUGGCUGCUCAGGAGCAGCAGUCACAGCUCACCCCUGUCCCAGGCAUGGUCACAACCCCAGCACCUCCCUCCAUUGCUUCAAACCCCUCGCAUUUCAUGAAGGGAGCCAUCAUCCAGCUUGCCACAGGGGAACUGAAACGGGUAGAAGAUUUACAGACCCAGGACUUUGUAAAAAGUGCUGAGGUGAGUGGGGGUCUGAAGAUUGACUCCAGCAUGGUGGUGGAAGUCCAUGAGAGCCAACAGAGGCCAGGACUUGUGGCUCUUCAUUUCACUGUCGGGGAACAGCAGAGCAAGGUGACCAUAGAUGUGCCACCCGAACAUCCUUUUUUUGUUUUUGGACAAGGCUGGUCCUCUUGCAGCCCUGAUAGAACAGCCCAGCUCUAUGGGCUGCCUUGCCACCUCUUGCAGGUGGGUGAUGUCUGUGUGUCAAUUACAUUACAACAACAGCAGCAGAACCAACAGCAGCAGCAGCAACCUGUACCAUCCAGAACGCCCACCAAAACCAGCACUGCCACUAGUGUGCCCUCCCAGCCUGUUGGGCCACCAGGGCCGCAGUAUCUGAGGUCACAACCCCACUGUAGAGUGGAAAGGACACAUCAGGAGAGGGAGCAGGUGGUGGAGGAGGAGGAGCCUAUGCAGGUAAGGGGCAGAAACCUUGGGGACACAUUCUCCAAGCCGGACAGGACUUCAGCAGAGCGCACAAGGACCCUGAGCGGUCACUAUUUGCACACAGAGGGUACCCCCUGCUCAGGGGAAGGAGUGAGGGGAGUGUCUUCAUUGAUAAGUGCUACUCAGAGACACUGGUCAGUCCCUGGCUUACAAAGACAUGGGACUAAGGAUGAGGAGGUGGUCUCUGUCAUCUCCUCCAGCUCCUCACGCCCUUUCUUCAUCCCUCAAGAGGUCAAGGUGUCCAUCGAGGGGCGCUCUAAUGCAGGAAAGUAGCAGUUGCAGCAACACAGGAAGACUGAAUGCAUUAAAUGAACAUAAAAUGACAGGCUAAGGCAGUAGCUUUGACAUUUUGCACACCCACACAGAUUACAGGCCCUCUGUAUUAAUAAUGUGGUUUGAGAUCAAGGCCUGCAGAAGCCUGUCAGUCCAGGGCAGGCUGGUCUUAUUUGGACAGGUUCAGUUUCCAUGCAGUGCUAUCACCACAUGAUAUAACCAGCAAUGGUGUGCUCUCUAUGUGUGGUGUCCAUUUUGGCAAUGCCUUGUUAAGGAGAACGCUGGGCCAAAUGACUGUUCAGAUCUCAGUUGUAGGUCUUUGCUUGACCACUUUUUGGAUGGUUGAAGAGUGGAUAUAAUGUUUACCAAAGCAAAAUGAUUCAUCCAGCUGGUGGGAUCCAAUCAUGUCAGAUUUUUUUGCUUUUUUAUCUGUUUUCUUUGACCAAAAUCACAUGUAUAAACUCACGACUGCAAAGAAUGCUAUGAAAGAAAAGUCAGUCAGACACUGCAUCUGGUGUAGUGAUCAAAUCACUACACCUCUUUAUGUGCUGGAUUAAAUAUGAAGGAAUUCCUGGUGACAUAAUUCUUGGUGACAGAAGGCUUUCAGUAUAUAAUGGUUUCUUCACAAAAAUCUUUUAACCAGUCAAUCUGCAGACUAACCCCCCUCCACCUCUCCACUGAUUAUAUUCUGUAUGUUUGUGCAACAGCCUUCUGUGUUGACAAAAUCUUUUUGUGUUCUGUGAGAGCCUUGUUACCCUAUACAAAGUAACUGCUGUAUGUACACAAAGUUCACAAAGCGCCCAUGCAAUGUAAAUGGAAACAGAACCUCCAAUACCUCAUUGUCCCUUGAAAGGAACAUUCCUCAGUUUGACUCUUGACUGUUAAUUGUAUUUGUGUCCAUGUCUUGGACUCAGAAUUAGGCCUCCACUAAUGUCAUUCCUCUUCAAACCAAGCUUAUGAAUCAAGUAAGAUGUGGGUGUUGGCAACACCUGCUGCCUAUGUUAAAAUAUUAAAGACACAAAGCCUGUCUUUGGGGGAAUUCAUUCCUUCAAAGAUCCAAGUACUCUUUGGAAACCCAUCGACUGCAAUGUUUUAAUCGUUUUGUGGUCAGAACUUGUGAGGAGAAGAACACCAGUGAUAAAUUGUUGUACACUCAAAUAUAAUUAUCAAAGGAAUAGUUAUCCUUGCUAUCCUUGGCUGGGCAAGAUUUACUAAGCUUUAGUUUAAGUUUUUAGUAUUAUUUAUACAUGGACAGCAGCUACCUGUUGUCCUCACUCUACUGUUCAGUUGUUUUAAAGGUUGUGUAAGGUUUUUGUAAUCAAAAUAUGCAGCUGACAUUUUUCCUUUGAAGAGCUGGACUUCACUUGCAGGGGGUUUCCCUGGUUAAAGGGUAAAGGCAAACUGGCCCCUCUGAUGGCAUCCCAGAGAUCUGUACUCCAAAAUGAAUUUCCCCCCAGAUUAAGAGUAAUCAUUGUAUACUCUUUUUUUUUCCUCAUUCGAUUUAUUUUAUAGAGAACAAUAUAAGGAUGUUUUCUGUCUGCGUCAGUGAUCUGUCAGUGGAGUCUUAUGCUGCACAUACUGAACGUUACAGUUGGCUCACACUGAAUUUUUGCUACAAUGUUUACAAAGAGAAAUGCUGCAUUUCCUUCAUUUUCACUGACAUUUUAUUCCUGAAGACUUUAA